AUGGCGUCCGCGUACAAAUCUGCUAUGCGCUCCGGCGACUCAUCUGACUCCGAUGAGACAGGCUCCAUAUCAUCGGAUCACAGCAGCAACACCGUCCGAGCCGACUCGCCCAGUGGUGAACGAUCAUCUGAAUCCAAGAGACAGAAUAGCCUGGCACAAUUGCCGAGCGAAGUGCGCAAUCGUGUCCUGAUGCUGACCUCUCGAGGUGUAUCGUACAGACACCGACAUCUGCUUAGCGACCUCCAUUCAUUACUGCCUCAUACCUACAAAGACACGAAACUGGACACCAAGUCAUCCAACAACUACAACUCAGCCCUCAACGGACUGGCCGACCUUCAUUCGUGCAAUUAUGUCUUCUUCCUCGAAGCCCGCAAACAUGGUCAAGAUUUGUAUUUGUGGUUAGCGCGUGCGCCGAACGGGCCCACGAUCAAAUUCAGCGUGACCAAUGUCCAUACGAUGGCCGAGCUCGGGUUUGGGGGUAAUUGCCUGAGGGGUGGAAGAGGCAUUGUAGUGUUUGACAAGAGCUUCGACGAUCAGAUCGCAGGCCAGGAACACCGGUCCCUGCUCCGGGAAAUGCUAAGAGGCGUCUUUUGUGUGCCUCCAAAGGGGGUGCGAGGGAUGAAACCUUUCAUCGACCGUGUCAUUGGCAUUUACGGACUCGAUGGCAAAGUAUGGAUACGUGUCUACGAGAUCCGUGAAUCCGAACCCGACAAAGCCAGCAAAGACCAUUCCAAAAGUGGAGAUGUCUCAUUGGUUGAGAUCGGCCCUCGCUUCGUCCUUACCCCUGUCGUCAUUCUGGAAGGCAGUUUCGGAGGCCCCGUGAUAUACGAGAACAAGCAAUUCGUCAGCCCCAAUCAGCUGCGGAGGGAGACCAGACUACGUCGGGCCACCAGGCAUGCCAGUCGUCAGGGAGGCGCCCAGGAAUUUGCGGUCAAGAAGAAGUCGCUUGCUUUGAGCUCUGGCGCACCAAGAAAACCCGCAAGCCUCGCCAAUGCGGAGCUGUUCGGCUGA